AUGGAGCUGCGUCAGACAUACAUCUUCUCUCUUUCGAGCGGCGUGUGUCUUGACUGUGUAUCCGAAACGCCGCACCACUCAAGGGUGCAGGCGCUGCUGAGUCCACCGGCCACAUCCUCGCAGUGGGGGGGAGGGCAGACAGAUGGCAGCGAUGUGUUUGCAGUGCGCCUUAUUCCAGCUAACCACUGCCCCGGGGCGGUGAUGUUUCUCUUUGUGUCAUCAUUUUUCGGGACCGUGCUUCACACCGGCGAUUUCCGCUUCAGCGGGUUGCGGGAGACCUGGCAGAAUCCUCCACGGUCCUCUAACUGGGGGAAAACGUAUGUGCCGCCGUUGCCGUGCCUAAUACAACGAAGUAAGGAGCAGCAUGCAUUGACGGCGGCGGUGCCUGAGGUUGUGGCGCCGUCCGCUCCGCUUUACGAGCAGUUUAUCGCAGAUGAUGAGGCUCUGCAGGAUGUGGCACGGCGGCAGCUCCUGGACGUGCUCUUCCUUGACAACACUUUCUGCUCGCCAGCGUACAAGUUCCCCUCGCAAUGGAAAGUGACGCAGACAGUGAUUGAAGUUCUUCUGUCUCUCUUCCACCGUGCCGCAUGCUGCGCAAGAGCCGCGGUGCCCUUGACCGGACAUCCGCCACGUCGACAAGUUCGUUGCGCUGUCUUGAUAGGGUGCUACACGAUCGGGAAGGAACGUGUUGCGUUGGCGCUACGGGACGCCUUUCCUGGCGUGAGGUCGGCUGAGCAGAGUCACGCAGCAAGCCUCUCCACGGAGUCUCAGCGUAAUCGCAACGCACCACAGCCAGCAUCAUGGUGCAUUUAUGUCUCACCGAGUCGGUAUAGGCUGCUGUCCUCAAUGCGUUUUUUCGAAACGUGCUUUAAGCCAUUGAAGGCCUCCGACUCAAGCGAAAAAGCCGCGUCUCCGCGCAAUGCAGGUAGUAAUGCCUCCUCAGGUCCACUGACAGAGACGGCUCAUGUCGAAGACGUGCCAGUUCUACUACCGGUGAUGAUUGGCGCGCCUAGUACGCAAGUCACUCAACGCAAGAGUGUCGCCACCGACAUAGACCGUACGCUGGAGGAGAGUGGCGCAAGCCCUGCUACCCCCGUACGAGAGUCCUCAGCAGUUGCCGAAGGACAGACUGAGGAAGUGGAGCACCUUCUCAGCGUCUUUCUGGUUCCCAUGGCCAACGUUGGCUACCGAACAGUGGUUGCGCUGGCGCACACCGACGGCCCUGCGAUGGUAAAUAUCGAAGACGGCCUAGCACUUGACCUGGAGCGCUACGAUCAGGUGCUCAUCGUGGAGCCGACGGGGUGGUGCAAGCGCUGCGCGUCCCGAGACGUGUCGGAGAAGUACACCCUUCUUCGUGUACCAUACAGCGAGCACUGCGCCUUUCACGAGCUUUUGCAGUUUGUCCAGUUCGUCAACCCAGCAUGCGUGGUGCCGACCGUGUCAGAGGAGAGCUUCAAGCAGCACGAGGCACUCUUUGUGGAAAAGGCGCCACGCCUCCGCAGUCGCGUGUCUGGCGUGCAGCCCAUCACAAGGUUCUUUUCGGUGUCACCGCUGAGCAAAACGGAGGCGGCAAGGGACAAAGGGAAGAUCGAUAUGGAAGCCACUGUGCCCUGCUCAGCUACUGCAAUGAUGCUGGGCGGCUCCUCGGGGUUGUUGGCGAGAGCUGAACGGGUUAAUAAAACUGUUGUUGAUGAUACCAGGACGGCCGCAACCGACUCAGCGGUGGGGUGGAAGAGAGUGCGCGCGGAAGUGGAUGCUACAACGACUUCUGUGUUGACACUGACAACACGGGUGGUUAGCGCCACGUCGAGCACCCCAUGCCAUCCUGAGUGUCUUUUUCAGAAGGUCACGCGAGAGGAAGGGCGCAGUGUGGCAGCGACACAGCACCUGGAAGAGAUGGUGGUGGGCGAGGAGGAUGACUGCCAAGUGGUGCGCGUGGUGCAGACAGUGGUGGAAAUCAGCGAUGACGACUGA